AUGUUAUCGGAACAGGCUCUCAACAAGCGGAACUGGGAGGGGAAAGAGGAUGUUCUCCUCCUGGAACUGCACUCCGCUUAUGGACCGAACUGGACUCGUAUCGCAGGGGGGAUGGGCAUCCGGUCGGCCAAGCAGUGCCGGGAACGGUACACACAACACCUCAAGCCCGGGCUCAACCGGUCUCCCAUCUCAGAUGACGAAGGGCGGCAAAUCAUGAGGAUGGUCAGCGAGAGCGGGCAGCGAUGGGCACAGAUCGCCAGGAGCCUAGGCACCAACCGCAGCGACAACCAGAUCAAGAACUGGUGGAACGGAGCCAAGCGCAAGGAGACGUCCAAGAGACAAGAAGCGGGCCAAGAACAACACAGCCAACGUCCGCCAUAUCCUCAAGAUCUCUCGCCAUCGCUAGGGCUCGCUGCACUUCCCGAGCGCCGCGGGAUCCUUCCUCCGGUGCCUCUCGACCUCCCCUUCGAAGUUGCCCGCUCACGGUCCUCGCCAGCUCGCUCCUACGACUCGGAGCGGCCCCCGUCCCUCGUGUCGGACAACGGGUCAUCCUGGAGCAUCUCCCAACCCGCCUCGGCAUCGUGCUCGCCCACCACCUUCUCACUACCGCCCCUUCUCUUCGCUCCUCCAACACCUCCAGCAGGCAGCUGCCUCCCCGCUCCUGCCCUCCUGAGCCACAGUUUUGGACCCGGGCCCAUCCGCCGGUCAUCCGAGGUCUUGCAGUCAAGCAACUACUCCCCUCGGUGCCACUACGUCACCACCGCACCCAACACACCCAUCGGCCGGGCUUCGAUCUCCUCUUCUUCGCGCUGGGAGCCGUACCCAAUCAAGGGGCGGAGGCCAAGCACUGGGUAUUCCUACCAAGAGCACGACAGCGAGGGCGGGAGGAGGGACAAGGGAUCACUCUCGUUCCUGCUCAACUAG